GGGAGGCUACGCCAAUGCCAGACGUGCUCCAUGUUGCCCCGUGUGAAGGAAUCAAGCCGCUGAUGAAAUGUGGAUGGGGGAAGGCAAAUCUUAAUUAGGAGCACUGUGAUGUCAAUGGACAUGGCAUACAUACUUCUGCAGAAGAAGCCUGAGACAGAAUGCUCUCAAGAUUUGAGAAACCCUGUGGCUCUUUUUGUCCGCGAUUUGCAUUAUAAAUAUUUUAAUAUUUCGCAGACAGGGACAUUUAGUCUCCUUCGUGAUGGUGCAGAAGCUCCCUGUGUGAGUAACACAUGGAGUUCAAUCAACAAAGCCCACUUCAGUGAUUAUUCAGAUGGGAAAUUAUUGCUGAGACUGCUACGGGAAGGAAUUUUGCUUAGUGGGUGUGUAGUUUUUGACAGCGGCAGCACAUACUUGGUCAGUAAAGGAUUGCAAGCCGGGUUCUGCAUUGCACGUUGCUUACAGGAGGUGGGAAGUUCACUCACAGACACUGCAGGAGUUGAUAUUAGCAGUACUGUGAUCGACAGCGACUUGAGCGCUAAUGAGAGUGCGUUUAAGAAUAUGGCAGAGGGUGCAGGGAUACAGUUAGACACGAACAUGUCGGAGGCUCUAUAUUCCAAGUUAUUCAUUGGUGCAGUUUUUGGGAGCCUCCUUUUGAAGAAUGCAGCUCAGUACUCCAGAGCAUGUCAAAUGUCUAUGUCACGCCUCCAACAAUCUCUGCGCGGUUUCAAGGUUUCUACCAGUGCAGAGACUUUCUCUAUGAACAAGACUAUUGGAGCUGCAAAUAAAGACAAAUGGAUUUUUAAAGAGGUGAUAAGUUCGAAUGAUAUUGAUCCUUCGAAAAGUCUGACUUUGCCUGACGUGAAGAGCCAAGCUAGGGAUGUCAAAAAUACUCAUUGUUCUCUAGAUAAAAAAAUUUCCUCUAAAAUUGUUGGUCACCCCCAGUUUUAUAAUUUUUUAGUUCGUCAUAAAAGUUUGAAUGAGAAUGAAUAUGUGUUUAAUAAUAUGGAAUAUGUUAAAAACACAUUUCAUUCAAAUGUAGUGCAUAGUCUAGAAAUUCUGAGAAAAACCACAGCUAAAACAAAAGAUAAAGUAAAUUUGCUUAAAAGCACCAUCGGUAAAAAUCCUAUGGUCGGGAUAACAUUGGACCAUUUAAGAAAUACCUCUUUGAUGUUAGCUCCAGUCAUUAUUGAAUUGGUGGACGGUUCUAAAGUUGUACUUUUUACGAGAAAAAGUGGCACUAAAAAUAGCUUUUCAUUGCGAAAGACAGUAGAAAAUAUCAGAAAUGGCACACCUUAUGUAGUACCACAAGUCAAAGAAACAUUGGAAAAAUCAAAAAAGGUGCUAUCAUCAGUAUUAAAUGACAAUAAAAUAAAUUACGCAACUCGUAAGGUGGUCCGAAAAAUUAAAAAGAGCACAGCUAAAGCAGAGCCAAGAAUGAAAGAAGCAGUGAGUAAUUCAAAAGUCAUCCUGUUCUCAUUAGCAGAGAAGAUGAAAAGCAAAGCCAAAGAUAGUCCUCUAGGUGAGGCAGUUUCUGCAGUGGCGGGAAAUCCGUGGGUCGAGAAGGCCACUAAUGAGGCAGCCUUACAUAUAUUUAGGAAUGCCAUUCGCUAUGGGUUCCUGUUAGCAAUGGACAUGGACACAAACACAAACCUCUCCAGUGACGACCCUCCAACUGACGCUUCGACUGAUGCUUCGACUGAUGCUUCGACUGAUGCUUCGACUGAUCUGGAAAGCAGCGAAUCUUCCAAUGGCAUGGAACAGAGUGAAAAUCACAAGACAGUAAAUGAUCAAAGUGAUAACAAAGGAUAAUAGAUAUUUAAAAAAAUGGAUGUAGUGUUUGUUUACUCUGCCAGAAUUUAUUCCAAUAAUACAAGUAUUGACCAAAAUUGUAUAUGGAAUUGACUAAACUUUGUCUCUAGGUUAGAUACUUUACAUUUUUUAA